UUCUAGCGCUCUGAGAAGAACUGAUUGUUGGCCAUUUCACGGUUCACCGGCAAUUAAAAUGGGUGUCCGUGCACUGAUCUUUGGACUGCUGCUGUUGACCUUUACAGCAGCCACAAAUGGCGGGGGUUUCUUUUCAAAGCAGCAGCCGAAAUCUGAUGAUUAUGUGUUACUAAUCACUAAUGAUCUGGUGGAAUCGAUUAGUCUCCGUUUCAGGACCACAAGUGGAAUCCGAUUGGCACAUGUUUAUGAACUGCAGUAUUUGAGUGCGCCAUUCCACGGGAUUCUAUUCCGGUUCCAGAAAGGCAACAUGAAAAAACUGGCUACAACAGUCAAGCAAGAGCUGCCUAAUAUUUCCAAACGCGAUCCAACACAGCAUACGUUCAUCAACUUAAAGGUCCCCAAAAUUCCGAGUAAACUGUCGAAACACCUGCCAAACCUGCUAGAUAUCGUCGAAAAAGCAAAUGAAAAGUGGAGCCAAGAUUCCGAGAAGGUCUUCAUUUCGUACGACAGUUUCUAUGGAAGAUCAGCGCCUAACACUAUUGUGCUGUCCAGUGCACCACGAAAGUUUUCGCGGGGCUUGCGAGGCCGGAAAGCGUCCCCUAAAGGUCGCCACCCAAAAUAUCGAGAAACCCGCCAUUACAAACUGUCCUCCUUAAGUGAUUCGCAACCUUAACUCAUUCUGACGCUAAUAGCUUUUAA